ACUGCGUUUUAAAUAUUGACUAAACACGGUCAGGAUGAUUGCAUGAUAUUGACACUGACUAUAUCCGAAAAAUGAGUUUGGCAAGGACAGCACUUUCUUCACAACUGCUUUCAGUAGUUGGCAAAGCAGCAUAUCCAGGAUAUGUACCAAGCUGUAACAAGAGAAUCUGGUUUAAUUUCUUGAGGAGGAAAAUCAAAGAGGAUCCAGUUCCUCGGGACUUUGAACCUCAGCCUGUUGUGCAGUUCGAUGAUUAUACAAGGCAUAAUCUGAAAAAAAGAACAUCCAUCCAGACCCAUCGUGCCUACACACCUCCAGAAAAUGUAGAAAAUACAGUACUUCAAAUUGUAAAGGGAGUAUAUGGAAAGGAUGUGGACUUACAAGAUAUAGAUUUAGACCAAGACAGGAGAAAGAAAUUUAUGGUUCUAACUAGAAUGAUGAAGGAAUUUGAUCACUAUAUACCUAACACUGAGUUACAUGAUAUGAAAACUAUUGAGCAAGCUGUGGAAUUCUUCAAGAAAGAAAUUAAAGACACUUCAUGUUUGGAAGAUCUAACAAAACUAGACUUACCCAAAAACCUUCACAUAAAUACAGAAUACAUUCGGUAUGAUCGUGAUGAGAAUUCACUCUGGCCCGGUAAAGAUGCCUUCCCAGGAGAACAAACCAAAGUGUUCAGCUCUAAGUUUUCAAGGAAAUACAAAGUUAUUGACAAAUCUAAGGACAAAUAUAAGUACAAAUUAGACAGGAAAACAUUCUUUGAGGAACAAAAAGAAAUAAAUGAUAUUUUGUACAAACAAGCAUCAAGACGAUAAAAGUGUUAGGAAUCUUUUAGUUACUUUUUGGAAGGGUUAAUGCAAACAUUUUUUUACAGCAAGCAACUCGCCUUUUAUGCGAUUUGUGAAGAUAUUCCUUUUGUCAUUAUAAAAAUUCAUUUUUAACAGGGAUUUGCAAAACUGUAUACUGAUGAUUAAUCAAUACAAACAAGAUUAGCAUGUUUCAACUAAAUUUGAAUGAAAUAUACCUACAUGGAUGCAUUUUGUGUGAUUUUUUGA